AACGAGAGUUCGUUAUACGAAGGACAGUGAGCAAUUCGCAGCAAUGGAAGACGACGAAGAUACCUUUUUGUAUGGAGAUGAUAGGCAGGCUGGUAGUGCUGCUGAGUACUCGCCGCCCGCUGCGAACAACGACGCCGAGAUGAAGGAUGCGGAGACUGUUGAGAGGGCGGAGCAGGAUAAGGAUGGCGAAGAGGUGGAUGAAGAAGAUGAAGAUGAGGAUGAUGAUGACUCGGACAUCGAAUUCGUGGUCGACGCAAAACCCGGGACAAGAGCCGAAGCACCCCCCUCAAAAGCCCCCUCUCACACACUCGUCCGAACACCUCUAAAAAAGGAAACUUCAACGUCGGAUAAACCAUCCUUAAAGACAGACCCCGACCUCACAGCCCCCACGUCCCCCUCCCAAACCCAAACAGGCCCGAAGCUAGACAUCAACCCGCCCAUCCCCUCGCACCUCAAAAACCCCGACACCGUCGAAGGCGACAAACCUUGGCGCGCACCCGGCGCAGAUCCAAGCGAUUACUUCAAUUACGGGUUCGACGAGUUUACGUGGGCUGCGUAUGUUGCGAAACAGGAUGGGCUGCGUGAGGAGUUCAAUCCAGGGAAGGUUAUGGCGAGUAUGAUGCCGCCGGAUAUGAUGGCGAUGAUGGGAGGAAUGGGAGGGAUGGGAGGGAUGGGGGGCAUGAUGGGGAUGCCUGGGAUGGAUAUGGGUAUGAUGAUGGGGAUGGGUGGACCUGGGAUGCAGAAGCCGGUGGGUGGUGUACCAGGAGGACCGGGGAUGCCGCAAGGUCCCCGAGUGUCUGCACCUCCAGUAGACGGAAGAGGAGGAACACCCAUGUCAGACGGCCACCAGAGACAACAAUCUCAAACACCAGCCGGCCCUCCAUCCUUCUACGAUGGCACCCUCGGCGCACAAUCAACACCAGCACCCAACAUGCCCGGAAUGCCUUCUGGUCCGGGUGCGGGUGGAAUGCCAAAUAUGAAUAUGGCAGGAAUGCAAGGAAUGCCUCCAAUGGGAAUGGGAAUGCCCAGUAUGCCGAAUAUGCCAAACAUGCCUAUGGGCCCUGGGUUUAUGGGUGGGAAUAUGGGGAUGGGAAGAGGGAGGGGACAGAUGCCGCCUGGCUUUGCGGGUGGUGCUACUCCUCAACCUCCUAUCGGUCCGGCACUUGGUGCUAGGGGUGUCAAGUCCAUCGAUUUCUGCAAAGAAUUCAACGCCCGCACAGCCAAACUCGUAAAAGGAACCCCAGUACCCUGCAUCAUCACCGUCCGCCCCGACCGAACAUUCUCCUUUGACACAACCUCCCCACCAACCUCCUACCUCCUUCUCAAAGCUGCUGGUCUCGAGAAGGGAUCUUCUACGCCUGGCGUGAAGAACCCGAAGGUCGGAACGGUUUCUGUGAAGCAUGUCUAUGAGAUUGCGAAGAUGAAGCACAAGGAUACCAGGUUGCAGGAGCUGAGUUUGGAGGCUAUUGCAAAGUCUAUUGUUGGAAGCGCAAAAUCGAUGGGAAUUGCUGUUGUUCCCUAGAUGGUGGAGCAUGGCUUGAGAGAUGAAGAGGCGAUCGCCAUGGACCUUGCAAUACGACAGUGGUGAGAGGAGGUUGGGUCGCGAUGCAAAAGGACAUAUGGGAAGAGGAUGUCUAUACUGUGAUUUUAUACGGCGUCAUUUUGGGAUUCGGCAUUUUCUUAUUGGUUCAUCAGUUGUAUGAUGGAGGCAGACAAAGGCAAGGCGAGGAUAGAGAAUACAACCACAGCGGUCCUCCUACAACGCACAUCCACCC